UACACAUAUAUAUAGGGGCUGUUGGGCGAAACAGCGUAAUCACUUGCUUCAUCAUGAGGUGCGCGGCGUGGUGUGCCCUCGCCGUCGUCUUGCUCCACUCGGUCUCAGCUCUGCCAGGACGCCGGGCAAUCGGAGCGUAUCCUGGCGCUGGUGGACCCUACGCAUCGUCAUCGGCACCCUUCAUGACCUUAAAGCCAUUCCUCCCUGCUGCUAAGCCCGCAAACCCAUUCGCCCCGGCGUUCGGCCCGCAGAUGUUUAUGGAUAAAAAGACGGAGCUGCUCAAUAACUUAUUCUCAAAGCCGGCUCCCAGCAGAAGGGCCCUGGCCCCUCCAGGCGGGCCUCCAGCAGCCCCAACCACCGUCGACCCUGGCGUCUAUAAUGCCAAGAAGGUCGAAUUUUUAAACACCCUGUUCGGCGGACUCGGUCCUGCCGUCGCCGGGCCAGACCCCGGCCCCGCGGGGCCAAUCGUGCCCCCCGGCUUCUGGCUGCCUCCAACCACCGCGGCCCCCGUGGACGACACCCUGGCCAGGGCCAAGAUGCUCGCCCAACUGGUCACAGCCACCCUGCAGGAACCCAUCGUCCCCCCUGAACCGGCCACGCCACCCAUGUUAUUCGCCCCGCCGCCGGUCCCAACAACCCCCAAGCCAACAAUAGUUCCACCCGGCUUCUGGCUGCCAGCAAGUCCCUUAGUGGCCCCUGGUGAAUACGCGAGCAAGGUAUCAGAGUUUUUGGAGAAACUUUUCGCCUCCAAGAUGACGACCCCGGCACCCCUUGCAGUGAGAAGCUUGGCAGCUCGCCACCACGAGCACAACCCUCACACAGAUCCAGAGAGAGAAGAGAGGUCGCUGCCGCCUCCGCCUCUCAACCCCAAAGACAUGGUCAUAAAUUCCAUUCUGACCGAGGUGUCUGAACUGAAAGCCGCCCUCAUGGACACUGUAACCGAUAUGGUCGCCAAACAAAAGUCGCUGCCGUACAUGCCACCGAAGAAACCGAAAAUUCUUCCCCCGUGGGUGCCAACCCCGCCACCAACCCCCGACCCCCUGGAGCCCUAUCAGAAGCGGCUGGAGACCCUUGGUCAGGUCUUUGACAUGCUGACAGGCCUUGGCCAGGAGGUCACCGCACCGAAAAAUGACACCGCGACCACAACCACAAGGGCGGUGCGAAGCGUUCCUGCCAGGAGCGUGCAAUUAGCAGUGCACCAGGGCUAUCAAAGCAUGCCGCCCGGCACGGAGGAGCUUGUUUCUGUGGGCGCAGGAAGGGACCCAAAGUCAAAUCACGAAGGUGGGGGCCUCAACUUGAAGAUAAAAGUGCCUCAAUAAAUCUGUAAAGCAACUGCUGCUGGAUGAUACUAAAAAAGAUGGAAACUAGAAAUAAAGGCAGCAUUGGAAUUGAAAUUAUCAUUGCGUUUCAGUUUCUUAAUCAACAAAUUACCUGUUUUAUUUUCU